AUGGACGCGUCAUGCAGCGCGGUAUGCGGCCAGCCACCGAAAGCUCUACUUCUUGUAAUGCAUAAUAAAAGGAGAAUACAAGGGCCUGACAGAGGCGGCGCGCUGUUCGGCCACCUCAAGGGGGAGCAGCAGCAGCCGGCUCGUCCGGGCAGCGCCGGCCGGUGCAGCGACGGCGGCGACAGCGACGGGGGGCGCAGCAAGCUGGUGUUCUUCGGCGCGGACGGUGGCGAGGAGGACGACGACGACGACGGCGACGGCGACAACGAUGGCAGCACCGGCGCGCCGCUGACCUCGCACCUACAGCAGGGAAGGCGGCGCGGGAGCCGGUUACAGCUGGAGGAGCUGCUGCGCGCGUCCGCCGAGAUGGUGGGCAGGGGCAGCCUGGGCACCGUGUACCGCGCCGUGCUGGGCAACAGCCGCAUGGUCGCCGUGAAGCGGCUGCGCGACGCCAACCCCUGCGCGCGCGACAAGUUCCACCGGUACAUGGACCUCAUCGGCCGCCUCCGCCACCCGCACCUCGUUCCGCUCAGUGCCUUCUACUACGCCCGGCAGGAGAAGCUCCUCAUCUACGACUACCUCCCCAACGGCAACCUCCACGACCGCCUCCACGGGCACAAGAUGUCGGGCGAGUCGCCGCUGGACUGGACGACGAGGGUGAGGCUGCUGCUGGGUGCGGCGCGCGGGCUGGCAUGCAUCCACCGGGAGUACCGCACGUCGGGGGUGCCCCACGGCAACGUCAAGUCCACCAACGUGCUGAUCGACAAGGACGGCACGGCGCGCGUGGCGGACUUCGGGCUGGCGCUCCUGCUCAGCCCGGCGCAUGCCAUUGCUCGCCUUGGAGGCUACAUGGCGCCGGAGCAGGCGGACAACAAGCGGCUGUCGCAGGAGGCCGACGUGUACAGCUUCGGCGUGCUGCCAUGGAAAGUGAAAUGCGGAGUUAGGGUAUUUAGCUAA